CAGCCAGAUCGAGGUUUCUCCUCCAUCUCCAUGGACCCGCGCCCCCUCCCAACGGGAGCGGCGACGGGUGUCGACCGCGAUUCGGACCCUCCAAAGUUGGGACAGGUAAGAACAGAAGAGGAAGCAUACGUGGAAUCCUUUCUAAAGGUUUCACUUCUCCUGGCCGACCAGAAGUUGAUCAAGGCUCGGCAUCAUGGCUCUAAGAUGGUUCAGCAUCUCUGGAACUACAGGAGCGACAAACUUCGCGGCGCUGAUCUUGUAAAAUUGGAAUUUCCUCUGGUUAUAUUCCAACCUGAUUUAGUUUCGAGGAGUGCAGAAGCCAUUUCAGAGGAAAUAGCGAACACAAAAGAUGGGAGCAUCCUGGGUAAAUCAGAUGGGAGCAGAGCAGAAAAAUCUGACGGGAGUACUGACAGUAGAAGCAGCAUGUCUGAUAAAGGACCCCAGAACAGUGAUUGGAGUGCGACGCCCACGGGAAUCAAUGAAACGAUGUCUUCUUAUCAAGGAAUGGACUGUCUUCUCCUUGCAGAGCAUAAUUUAUUACGUGAGGCAUUUAUUAUUGCAAUGUCUUGUCUAGGGAUUCAGCAAUAUAUGGGUAUGCUUCCAUAUCUAUUUAAUUCUCUCAACAGAAUAUGGACCCAGAAGGAGUGGAAUAAGAAAUAUGUGUGUACCAUGUCUGGAUUGAGCAAUCUAUUUUCUGAUGGUAAAUUUUUGAAGAUGUCUUAUCACGUUAUGAAAUUCUGUGAUGAAAAGCUUAUGAGCGGAAUAAAGGAGUAUGGUGCUUGUGAUGUUUUCUCCAUAGCUCUUUUGGAGUUAAUCAUUCCUCUGUUUUUGCGGCUGCUCCGUUGUAUACAUGUACUUUGGAGAGCGGAAAUUGGUGCUGACUUGUUGCCUAAAGCUGUUGAAAAGGCUAAAAGCUUGAGCUGUAUGGAGCUUGAUCAUUUGCUUGAAAUUUCUGAUGGGCUGUACACUAUUGACAGUCAGGAAAUAUUCCGCGAGAAUGAGACAAAGGCACUGUUAGAGGGAACUCGACAGAGAGUGUACAAUUUUAUAGGUCUAUGUAUAACCAUCAAGGGGGCAUUCCCUAAGUUAUUGGAAAGUCUAUCUGUUGGUAAUGCAUUCACGGAAGCUUUGGAGUGUAUGGAAUUGAGGCAUUUAGGGAAGCUUAUCCAUCUUGUAGUUAUUCCUCUGGUCAAGCAUUGUCCCGUUGAAAUCUUGGAGUGGACAGUCAACUUAUUAGAGCCCAUACUAUUGGAGUGCGAGGAUAGACUUCAUGGUACUUGGUUUUAUCUUCUUUAUAAAAGACAACCACACAACCUUCUCAACUAUGGUAAUCUCGUUGGAGAAGAUGAACAAAUAAAUAAAACGAGAUAUAAGCUACUGCUAGAGUUUACUCGAAAGGUGUCAGAUUUGCUUAAUGCCUUAGAAUUGAUGGAAAAAACUGUUGCGCCUCUACAUGAAGAUGUUAAACCUAUCUGCAACAAGGACACUGUCUCUUCUCAAGAUUUGAACUCCAUGGCACCACCUUCUUUCUGCAGGUUUCUUCUACAUCAUAAUUUCUUUGAGAAGUUGAGGAUGAGCUUCUUUGGAUACUUUGUGGAUGAUGAAGCAGCAAUCAAGGCUCUUCCCUUUUGCCGUUAUCUGAUUCAGCUUGCAGUUUCAACAAAUGAUGUGCGGCUUGAGCAUUUGAUUGUAGAUGAUCUGCUCCCGUGUCUGAUUCGGCGUCUAGACAAUGAGCUCCAAUGUGCAACCCAGAGCCUAAGACAAGAAUCGGGGUCAAGUACAGAUGGUAGUGUGGACAAAGAGCUGCAUGCUCUUUGUGAAGACUUAUACCUUUCUCUGGUAAAGGGUUCUGAUGGAGAAGAUAAAGAAAGCUGCCGCGCUGAAAAUAAAUUUACAUCCUGGUUGGAAAAUGAAAAGGAAAAUCUUCGAGUAAAGGCGGGUUCUGCUGCUAAGGAACUUCCUGAGGGAUGUGACUGGAAUUGGGAAUAUGAAGAUGAAUUUCAGAGAUACCUUCCUGCUUAUAUGGAAAUGUUGGAACAAGUGGAUUCCAUUGAUGUCUCUGAUGAGCGUGAUUAUUUGGAAGAAGAAGCUCUCUUACAGAAAUUGAGGCCAGAGUUCAGAUCUAAGUAUGGCAUCAACAGCUGCGAGCACCCUUACAUGUUGACCAUCUCAUCUUUGCGGCAACAACAAUUUUAUUCAUUGAAUGGCCUUAUAUACCAAAGGGAAAAAACCGAAUUUAUUAGCAAACUAAUCGAACUCAAGCCUUACAUCAAGGUCUCCGAUCAUUCUUCUGAUAUUAUUCGUCGUCUCCACAAUAAUUCUGAGAUACAAUAUAAUCUUCCUGAAUGGGCUCUGUUAGAUAACGUUGAUUUUCUGCUCACUGUAUUACUUCUUUGGGAACCUGUAUAUCAUCCUCUGAUACGCCAGAGCCACAUGGACAAACUUUUGUGGAUAGUUGAUCAUUAUAACAAGGCGAAUGAUAGAGAAUACGUCCAGCAAGUAGUACCAGCUACACGUGAUUUUAAGUUGCAUUUGCAGCCUUAUGCAUAUGCAUUUUUUGAGACUAAGCUUAAAGAUAACAAGUAUUAUUGGGCGAUGGAGCAAAUACGCCUGCAUAAAGAGUUUGAUAAGCUUUUGGUUUCCGGUGGGCUAGAUCAUCAUAUGGAUGGAUUUAUAUCAUCUAAGUCUAAGGAUGACUUUGUAAAGAAUCUUGUUAAGCGUGAGCUGCUGACGGAGUUUUCAGAUAUAGAACAUGAUCUCAUAAAAUUGUCUCUGGAGUGGAGAGCUGACUUUGUGGAAAUUCGGCAUCAAGUUCGCACUUACUCUGAUUGUUUACGGAACCUCCUUAAGGAUGAGACGAUGAAGGUGAGUAAGGGUGUGUUGUGUGUUUGGAUCUUCUGCUCGUGCUGGCUAGAUGUGCAAGGAUUUCUCGUUAGCACAAGCUACAGCCUACAAUGGAUAGGCUACUUGUUAAGUUCUUUCAGCCUGCUACUAGCUAACAGAGAAAUAUGAGCUGACUAACAAAUGGUAGUUUGCUUGGAAAAGCUAGGCUACAUGGGUAGGCAUUACUUUUAUUGCUUGUUGCUGGAAGAGAGCUGAUUUGGCUUCGGCUCUGGUUGCUCUAGACCAUUGAGGCUAGUUUGCUUGGCAAAGCUAGCCUUUUGUUUUAUACCAAAUACAUACCCUUGCUUACCAAUGCUAUAUAACUAAUCUUGCUUAGGAUCCAUACGCAUCCAAAGUGCGAUA